AUGGACAAAGAAAAUUUUCGUUUCUGCAUGAAAGUGCGUACUGCACUUAAUAUUGAAGCAAGAACUAUUCACGACGAGCUAAGUACUGUUUUUGGUGAUGAAGCUCAUUCUUAUCGAACAGUUGCAAGAUGGGCUCAAUGGUUUCGUCAAGGUCGAGAAGAAAUUGAAGAUGAAGAACGAUCCGGAAGACCUGUAACUGAGAGUACUCCUGAAAAUAUUGAAGAAAUUCGUAGUAUUGUUAGUGAUGAUCUUCAUGUUACAAUAGCAGAAUUACAAGAGCAUACUGGUCUAAGUUAUGGCACCGUUCAUAGAAUAUUAUCUGAUCAUCUGGAACUUAGAAAAAUUACUGCUUAUUACAUACCGAAACAGCUAACGGAUUAUCAACGGAGUGAACGAGUUCGAAUAUGCAAAGAAAAUCUGUCAAGGUUUGAUGAAGGAAGAUGGCGUUUAUGCGACGUGGUACAGGUGAUGAAUCGUGGUUUUUCUAUCAGCAAACUGGUCGAAAUGCUUUCAAUGCUGCUUGGGUGGCAAAAGAAGAUCCUCCAUCCGCAAUAGUGCGACGAAAUAAGCUUGCUUCAAAAACUUUAUUUUGCAUUUUCUUUAAAUCAAUUGGUCCUCUUCUCAUCCAUUGUGUCAAACGUGGACAGACUAUCGAUCACCAAUAUUAUAUCAAAAACUGUUUGCAACCGGUUAUCCAAGAAAUCAAGAAAGAAAGACCUCUCUCGGGUAGUCAUGCCAUCAAACUUCAUCAUGAUAACGGAGGAGUACAUGUUCAUAAAGAUGUCCUCGAUUAUCUUGGUUCAGAAAGAGUUACUAAAGUACCACAACCACCCAAUUCUCCAGAACUAUCUUCGUGUGAUUUUUGGUUAUUCGACUUAAUCAAACGAAAUCUAACUGUUCAAACUAAUUCCGAAUCGUUACAUCACGCUGUAACCUAGUUCAUGUAUUCUUGGGAUAAAGAAGAGUAUAGAAAAACGUUUGAUAAAUGGAUUCAAAGAAUGCACUUGUGUAUAGAUAAUCAAGGCAAUUACUUUGAACAUUUAAUGAAAUAAAAACUUCUUGAACUUGUUUAUGUACUUUCAAUUUUCGGGUAUCCUAAUAUGAAUAAACGAUAAAGUCUCAGAAGAGGUGAGACAAAAGAAUAAAGGAAAGAAAAUAAAGCAAAGAAAAGAUCAAGAAAAGAAUGCGCAUAUUGAAGACAAUAUGAACUUUUGUAACCGUUACACAUGUUAGGAAAACUAGUCUUAUUAGGACUUUGUUGGUAUGAUGUCAAGUGAACUAUGAUCAAACAGCAUAGAAAGAAAGGGCAUUUUUUUCUCUAUCAUCCUUUGUAAAAAGAAACUUUUAUCAAGCUUAAUAUGUGGCACUAAAAUGUCGUUGCCACUACUUUUGGAUACCCCUAUGUAUGUAUGUGAUAAAAAUUUCAGCCCUCUACCUCGAUAUAAACUAUGAAAAAUAUCCUUAACAAUUUAUUCCCAGUCAUUAUAGGACAUCCUUUGUGAUACCACGUAGUUCCUUAAAAGUCCAUUAUGGGGACGAACCCUUUAUAUCAUGUGCUGUACUAACUGAGCUCUACAAAAUGGCCAAUGCCAGAUUCGAAAUCGAGCGUCACACUUUGGGACCUUCCCUCGUCAGCUCUUUCCACCUUCUUUUUGGCACACUUCAAACAACUUAUUCUACAAUCCAUCAGGAUCCAUCAGGGUCCACCAAGAUCCAUCAAAAUCCACCAGGACCCAUUAGGAUCCACAGGAUCCAUUAGGAUCCACAGGAUCCAUUAGGAUCCAC